CGCACGCGUUCGAACGAGCACUCACACACCUCACAUCUUAAAAAUGGCUUGCAUGUCCCUCUCCAUGUCCAAGGCGCUCGUCGCCAAGCCCCUGGCCCGCAAGGUCCAGGCGCGCAAGGCUGUCGUCUCCAAGGCGACCGUCGCGAAGGCGCAGGCGCCCACCAAGGCGGUCCUCUCCGCCGCGGUCGUCUCCCUCGCCGCGCAGGCGCUCCCCGCGCUCGCCGUGGUUGACGAGCGCCUCAACGGCGACGGCACCGGCCUCAUCCUCGGCCUCAACGACGAGCUCCUCGGCUUCGUCCUCCUCACCAUCCCCACGCUCAUCUUCUCGCAGUUUUACGCCGCGCAGAAGGACGAAGGCAUCGAGGCGGGCGGCAAGAACGACGACUCCGGUCUCUCCCUCUGAGCAAGCAGCGCUAGGUUUGUCACGAUGGACGACGUGUGCGGUGCGGUGCUUGAGAAGGGAGGAGAAUGAACGCUGCGCGGGCGUCGUCGUCGCGUCGGCGGUCGGUUAGCGGUGGUAAGAGGACGAGAAGGUGAUGAUGAAUGAAUGCACGCGCGACGAACGAGACGAGACGAGACGAGAAGGCGUCUCGUCUCGUCUCGUUCCGCGGAGGAAGAUUUGUUGCGAGGCUCGAAGGAUGGCGCGAUAGCACGGAGAGAAGUGAAGCGAGCAGCGCGUUGAAUAGUCACGCAUCCUAUGAGUUAAUUAACGCGCGCGCCUC